AAUAUCCCAAUAUCCCAAUAUCCCCUCCCCGUUUGGUCUAGUGCGGAUGUAGAUGAUGUAAAUGGGGAGCGGGGAAGCUGGCUGGGACCUGGGGGGCGACGGGGUGGUCCAAUGAUGCAUCCUGUGACCAAAACCGAUGGCGAGAUGGUAAGUACACGAGGAGAGGAGAGGAGGCUUGGCUACCUUUAGCCGUUUUAUGGGUGCUUGGAUCUAGGUAGAAGAUAACAACCUCCUCUCUCAUCUAGCCCCUCUAGCCCUUCCCUUCUAGCCCCUCUCAUCUAGACCCUCUCAUCUAGAUUCUAGCCCCUCCCAUCUAGACCCUCAGCACCACCAGAUCACCUCACCAUAUCACCCCACCAUAUCACCUCACCAGAUCACCUCACCUCAUCACCUCACCUCAUAUCCCUCUAAACACAAAUCAUAACCCCUCCCCAUGGCCACGGCGCCAAAAACCAUCGGCCGCGGCGGCGCGGGGAAUUUCAGAUCCCCCACCGAUCAACGGCCCGCAGAGACACCUGAUACGCCAGAUACGCGCACCGUCAACCCGCAGCUCUCAUCUAUACGCAGUGGGCGCGGGGGGGCGGGGAAUAUCAAUCCCUCCUCCUCUACCCCCUCCAUCUCCGGACCCGGCGCGGUGAAAUCAGCAGAUCCGGCAGCGAUGGUAGGAGAAGCGCCCAAAUCGGCAGCGAAGGAGGUGGUGUAUGGAGGGCGCGGAGGAGCGGGGAAUUGGAAGGUCGGGAGGGAGGGGGAGGAGGAGAGGCAGAGGGUGGAGGAGGAGGGGAGGAAGAGGGAGCUUGAGGAGGCGGUGAGGUGGGAGGUGGAGGGGGGGUUGGUGAUGCCGGGACGGGUGUAUAGGGGGGUGGGGAAGAGGGAUGGCGAAGAGGAGGGGGGAUGA